UGCUGUCGGAUGGCUCCCUCCCUCUCUCUUCAGCAGCAGAGGCAGCAGCAGUGUCUCCUCCACUCUUCAGCCUGGAUGUCGUAGCAGAUCCGCUGUGCUGCUGCAACAGAUGUCUGAGCCAGCUGAGUAGAGGACUUUCCUCAAUGCCCGUGCUCACUGCCUGCAGCCAUGAAUGGUGGAGCCUGUAUGUGGGCCAUCACUCCGGAGGAGAGGGGGAAACACGACAAACAGUUUGACACCCUCGCCCCCGUCCUCGGCUAUGUCUCAGGAGAACAAGCAAGGAAAUUCUUCCUCCAGUCUGGCCUGCCUCCUUCUGUCCUGGCUGAAAUCUGGAGCCUAGCUGACAUGGAUGGUGAUGGGAAGAUGGACAGACAGGAGUUCUCCAUAGCUAUGAAGCUCAUCAAACUCAAGCUUCAGGGGCGGAACGUACCCUCCUCCCUGCCGAUCGUCAUGAAGCAGCCUCCUGUCUCCAAUUCGGUUUCUACCAUACCUUCAUCCGCACGUUUUGGAAUGGGUUCAAUGCCAAACCUGUCCAUUGGUCUGUCAUCCAUGUCCUUCCUAACACCCAUGUCAGCCAAUCCCCCCAUGCCCUCUGUACCUGUACAACCCCUGAUGCCAACACCAAUGACUCUGCCCCUCAUCACCUCCCUGGGAAACGCUGGACUCCCCAACGGCAACAUUAACCUCCUCACCCCUCCACUUGUUCCCAACAAUGCAGUGCUCCCUCUCUCUGGCUUCUCCUCACCCAUGGCCUUCUCUCCAAACACUGGCAUGUCAAAAGCCAACUCUCUCCUGGACCUUGGAUCCAGCAGUUCAAAUUCUUCCUCGACCACGUCUUUGGCCAGUAGCUCUCCAAAGACCGGUGCAAGUGACUGGGCCGUACCGCAGGCCUCCAGACUCAAGUACCGUCAGCAGUUCAACACGCUGGACAAGCUCAUGAGUGGCUACUUAUCAGGACCUCAGGUUAGAAAUGCAUUGAUUGCAUCAAACCUAACGCAGACGCAGCUAGCCACCAUCUGGACCCUGGCAGAUGUGGACAGGGAUGGUCAGCUACGAGCCGAUGAGUUCAUUCUGGCCAUGCACCUGGUGGAAAUGGCGAAAACUGGCCGACCUCUUCCACUCACCCUGCCUCAAGACCUGGUGCCUCCUUCUCUCAGAGGAGGAGUCAAGUCCCCUGAGCUUGUCAAUGGAACGGGGCCCUACAUAACUCCCUGUUUAAUUGACACAACCGAGCCAGAACUUCUGCAAAAAGGCAAGAGCAGUGUGUCCUUUGAAGACAAGCUGAAAGAGAACUUUGCACGAGGCAGCGCCGAGCUGGAGAAGCGGAGACUGGCUCUGGAAGAUGAACAGAGGAAAGAGAGAGAGAGGAGGGAGAGGGAGGAAAGGGAUGCCCAGGAAAGGAGGGAGAGGGAGGCCAGGGAGCAGGAGAACCGUAGGAGGCUGGAGGAGGAGAGACGGUUGGAGAGGCAGAGAGAGAUGGAGAGACAGAGGGAGGAGGAGAGACUGCGGGAGCUGGAAAGGAAAGAGGCAGCAAAGCAGGAGAUGGAGCGCCAGCGAAGGGAGGAGUGGGAACGGGGGAGAAAGGAGGAGCUGGGCAGGAGGAGAGAGGGGGAGCAGGAGGAAAUCUCUCACCUCAGGGCCAAAAAGAGAAGUCUGGAGUUGGAGCUGGAGGCUGUGGGCACCAAACACAAGCAGAUCUCAGACCGGCUCCGUGACGCGCAGAGCAAAAGGCGGAUUCAGAAGGCGGAGGUGGACCUCGUCAACCAGAAGAGGGACGCACGCAUCGCGGAGAUCAACACACUGCAGCUACAGUUUGAGGAGUGGCAGAGGAAGCUCUCACAGCUGGUUCCAGAGCAACAGAGGCUGACUGAGAAGCUGCGAAACAUCACAGUCAACAAACUCCCAGCGGAGUCUUUGACCAAUCUGACCACAAGCGUAACAGAGAAAAGUGUGAACUGCCGGAGGCUGAAAGACCAACUCGAUACCCUGGAGAGGGAGACGACGGACAAAUUGUCCCAGAUGGAGCAGUACAACAAAGAGCUUAAGCUUGGGGAUAUGGAUGACUGUGUCCUGCGGGGCCUUCUGUCUCUCCUGGCCUGCCUCAGCCAGCUCUUCCUUCUCAUCAAGGAGCUGAGGGAGAAGCAGGUGAAGCAGCAGACUGUGCUGGACGACCUGUACAGAGUCAAAGAGGAGAAACUCAGGGAGCUGCAAAGGCGCAGGGAGGAGGAGAGAGAAAGGAAGAGGAAGGAGGACGAGGAGGCGGCCAGACAGGCCAAGUUGGAGCAAGAGAGGAAGGAGCAGGAGCGGAGGGAGCAGGAGAGGAAGGAACAGGAGCGGAGAGAGCAGGAGAGGAAGGAACAGGAGCGGAGAGAGCAGGAGAGGAAGGAACAGGAGAGAAGGGAACAGGAGCAGAGGGAACAGGAGAGAAGGGAACAGGAGCGGAGGGAGAAAGAGGAGGAGGAGGCCCGGCAGAGGAAGCUCCUGGAGGAGCAGAGGGCCAGACAGAGGAAGGAGGAAGAGGAGAGGGAGGCACUGGCUUGCCUCCGAGCAGCCCAGGAGAAAGCGCGGGAAGAGGAGAGCCGGAGAAGGCGAGAGGAGGAGGAGGAGGAAGAGAAGAAGAGGAAAAAGGAGGAAGAAGAAAGAAAAUGGAAAGAGGAAGAAGAGAGGAGGAGGAGGAGGAAAGAGGAGGAGGAGCAGCAAAGAGGGCAGCAGCUGGUGUCGGUGGGAAAGCGGUCGGUGAAGCUGACCCCGUACAGAGCCCUGUACUCAUUUGUCGCCCGCAACGCGGAUGAGCUGAGUAUAGACGGGGACUGUCUCAUCGAGGUGGAUGAACAGACUGUCGGUGAGCCUGGGUGGUUGUGCGGGAGUUACCGUGGAAACAGGGGUUGGUUCCCCCAGAGUUAUGCAGAGAAAUGUACCACACACUCCUCUUCUGAGACGGUCCCCUCUUCACCUGUGAAAACCUCCUGUCCGCCACCGCUUCACGCAAGAAUCCCUGGUGGUGAGGGAACGGGCGAUAAUGCUGCUCCUGUCCAAUCCGUUGCUUUACAGUCCUCGGCGUGUGCGGUGGCCCGUGCCGUCUCCUCGUGGUCGGCCACCUCGGACACCGACCUCAGCCUCGGCUCCGGUGAGUCCGUCACCGCUCUGCUGAGCUUCUCACAGGGUGACGUCAUCACUGUGCUGCAGCAGCGGGACCAGUGGUGGCUGGGGCAGCUCAACGGGACGCAGGGAUGGUUCCCCCAAAACUAUGUCACUUUGGAGACGGGCGGAAUUACAGAUGUAGAUGCGUCUGACGCGGGCGACUCAAUUCCACUAGAGGACUAUGUGGCCUUGUACACGUAUGAGAGCCCAGAGGUGGGGGACCUGACAUUUGUUGAAGGGGAUGUUGUCAUGGUGACGGAGAGAGAAGGAGAGUGGUGGCGAGGCUCUAUCGGGGACCAGACCGGGGUGUUCCCCUCCAACUAUGUCCGGCCUGUCGAGCCAGAGGUGUCAAAAGCUGGAGUUUCAAUCAAGAAACCUGAGAUUGCCCAGGCGGUCACCACCACCGCUAACCCUACUGUAUAUCAGCUACAUCUGUCCCCGGGGCAACUGAUCGUGGUCUUGGCCAAGAACUCCACCGGCUGGUGGCUGGGAGAACUGCAGGCUCGGGGAAAGAAGCGGCAGAGAGGCUGGUUUCAUUCAUCUCAUGUCAAGCUCCUGGGUCCCACGUGCAACAAGUCCUCCCCCUCCCCUCUGCCCGUGUGCCAAGUUAUUGCGAUGUACGGCUACACCGCCGCCACUCGGGACGAGCUGAGCUUCACGAAGGGUCAGCUGAUCAACGUUCUGGACAAGACAAACCCCGAUUGGUGGAAGGGAGAAGCCAAUGGGGUCACAGGCCUGCUGCCCACUAAUUAUGUCAAGAUGACGACGGAAUCGGAUCCCAGCCAGCAAUGUUUGCUAGAUUCCUCAUCCAUGUCAGAGCAUGGAGAGAGUGAGGGGUGUGCCAACCUGAUGACGUUGGACACCAUGACUCCUCAGGAGAGGAAGAGGCAGGGUUAUAUCCAUGAGCUCAUCCAGACUGAGGAGACGUAUGUGGAGGAUCUGGAGCUGGUUCUAGAGGUGUUCUACAGGCCCAUGUCUGAGUCAGGACGUUUCACAGAAGCAGAGAUGGCCGUUAUCUUCGUUAACUGGCGGGAGCUGAUAAUGUGCAAUACUAAACUUCUUAAGGCGCUGCGCGUGCGGAAGAAGACGGGAGGAGAGAACAUGCCGGUGCAGCUCAUAGGAGACCUGCUGGCAUCGGAGCUCGCGCACAUGCAGCCCUACAUCCGCUUCUGCUCGUGUCAGCUCAACGCCGCCGCCCUGCUGCAGAGUAAAACCAACAACCAGCCCGACUUCAAAGACUUCCUCAAGAAGAUCGCCACGAACUACCGCUGUAAAGGAAUGCCACUGUCCAGCUUCCUCCUCAAGCCCAUGCAGAGGAUCACACGCUAUCCCCUGAUUAUCAAGAACAUCCUGGAGCACACGCCUGAUGGCCAUGCAGACCGCGGGCCACUGAGAGAGGCACUGGAGCGAGCGGAGGAGCUGUGCUCCCAGGUCAAUGAGGGGGUCAGGGAGAAGGAGAACUCUGACCGGCUGGAGUGGAUUCAGAGCCACGUGCAGUGUGAGGGCGCUAUAGAGCACUUGGUGUUCAACUCGCUGACUAACUGCCUCGGGCCUCGCAAGCUGCUCCGCAGUGGUCGGCUGCACAAGACCAAAAGCAGCAGGGAGCUGUGGGCUUUCCUCUUCAAUGAUUUCCUCCUGCUGACGCACAGCGCUAAGCCCUUCUCCUCCUCAGGACCGGACAAGCUCUUCAGCCCCAAGACCAGCAUCCAACUGAAGAUGUACAAAACACCACUGUUUCUGAAUGAGGUUCUGGUGAAAACACCUCCCGACCCGUCCAGCGAUGAGCCGCUCUUCCACGUCUCGCACAUCGAUCGUGUCUAUACACUCAGAACUGAGACCUUAAACGAGAGGGCAACGUGGGUUCAGAAGAUUAAAGCAGCAUCUGAACUUUUUAUAGAAACGGAGAAGAAAAAGAGAGAGAAGGCUUAUCAAGCACGCUCUCUGAAAAGCAGCGGCAUCGGCCGACUGCUGGUGACUGUCACUGAAGCUCAAGAGCUCAAGGCCUGUAAACCCAACGGUAAGAGUAACCCCUACUGUGAGCUGACGAUGGGGGCUCAGUGCUACACCUCGCGGCCCGUCAGCGACACUCUGAACCCCAAGUGGAACUUCAACUGUCAGUUCUUCAUCAAAGACCUCUACCAGGACGUCCUGUGCAUCACUGUGUUUGAGAAAGACCAGUUCUCACCAGAUGAUUUCCUUGGUCGGACCGAAGUUCCCGUGGCAACCAUCAAAAAAGAGAUGGAGAGCAAAGGUGCCGCAAAUCGACGCCUCCUACUGCACGAAGUCCCCACUGGAGAAGUGUGGGUCAAACUAGACCUACAGCUGUAUGAGCCAACUAAAUGAGGACAAGUGGACGGAUUAACGCUCCCUCCCACCCUCAGGCACAGACAUUCGUUUUUAUUGUUAUCAACCAAAGACAUUUUCAACCUAACGGCCUAAAAAAAAGUGCCUGUUUGUAGCUGGGAGAGCAUUGCAAUGAAAAACUCCUGAUUUUUUACCAUCACUGCCUUGCUCUUGCCUUGAGCCAUGCAGACUCAUUUUAAAUGACCUUAAACUGACACGGAUUAAGGGACAAGUGAAAUGUCCUCAGAGGUAGUCACCUAUUGUGGGAAAGGGAAUUUUACUGCAAACAAAUCAGCAAAAGAAAACCUGAUUAUAAUUGCCAAUACUUGAAUGUUUAACAGCCUUAAAAUGCAACCAAGUCAUUUUCCUAUACAAAAUUGCAAUAUUUUUAUAUCGCACGUGCAAAAUCUGUAUUCUAAUUCAAUCUAAACGAGGGAAUACGGCUUUUCCAACAUGUGUUCAACAUGUUCUGUGAUGCGUUCGCCCUGCCACAUGUAUACUCAUACACUUUACACACUUUACACUUUAAACAUUCCCAUGUUGCACACUACUGUUACGAUGUAAUGUCAGAGGUUACCCUUAUGGUGUACGCAAGAGUGCCAUGAAAUCCUGAAAAUGGCAUGAAUAUAAUAAAAUGUACAUAAAAUAA